AAACAAAAAAAAAAAAAGAAUAAUUGUGUGAAUUGGGAAACAAAACACUUUUAUAUCACACUGGUUGCAAAAAAAGAAAGCCGCGUUUCAUCUUGCUUUCCAUCUUGCCAAUUGCAAUGAAAACUGUCACACCUUCACACUUGCACACUGGCACACUCUCUCUUGCGGGCGGCAACAAGGGGAGAAAGGAAAAGUGGAAACUUUAGAUGGUCUCUGUCUUUCUUGACUUGAGAAAAGGACGGGCGUGAUGCAUUUAGAAACAGACUCUUUGAAGUAGAGUUUCUUCUUCCAUUUGGCCAUAUUUCUGUUCCUAGUGGUCAGCUCACCCCGACGCCUCCCCUCCACGGCCGUCGUUUUCCCUUCUUCCAGUCGUGAAGGAAGUUGAGCGUUUCCCAACAGUCUCCCAGCUUCUCUUCCAAUUUAUUUGACAGCUGGCACCGUUGCCCCGCUCUUGUGCCAAAGCUUACUACAUCCCCUCGUUUGUUGUCCACACAUUAGCACAGCACUUUGUUGCACAGUCGAUCAUCGUGUUCUUUCAGAAAGCGAUAGGGAAACGUCUGAAAUGUCAGGAACACUUCUCCCUUCUGCCAACCUUUCUACGGCCUGUGUAGUGGGCUUCAAAGCCAUUUCAUUUACUGUGGGUCUCAAUGCAACGGAUAAUGAAGCGAUCGAUUUCUGUCGAACGCAGAUAUCCGGAUUUGCUGCCGGUGUUGCCCAGCAGGCCGCUACCUCAUUCGGUGGGCCCGGCGUCGUUAUCGGUGCCAGUCUGCCGUGGAUCUUUGUUGGGCUCAUCAUUGCUAUAAUGCGCCUGUUCCGAAUUGUAAAUGCGAGGAGUUUGUUCCUGUUUAUCGCAACUCUGGGAAACAUGGCCUUUGCCUCCGCCAUCGUCUAUGCUUUUAAGGGUCUAGAUGCAAACUAUCUCGUGUCGGAUGUCGUUGGAUUGAGUGGAUUCAUUAUUCUUUUGACCUUUUUGGCCAUGGCAGGAAUCACUCGGUUUGGCCAAGUCAUCACACGGACCAAACGCCGAAAGCUUUUCCAGAGAGGUCUUUGCACAUUUGUGCUGCUCUACGCUGGAUUACUGGGCUACAGGGCCGGAAAGGAAAUUAUCGAGGCUCCGUCUUAUCCCACGACGUUUACACCACUAUUCACGGGACUCUGCUUCGUUCCGUUGGUCAUUUACAUUCUCGGUGGUCUGUUCUGCUUCUCCUGGAACCUUCCUCGACACGCUCUGACUCUCCCUGGUGGAAAUGGCCGAAUUGAAGUCCUCCGCACCCUACGAAUUGUCAAUGAUGUGAUGAUGGCGCUAGUGAUCGCUCUGUGUGUGAGCGAAUUGGGAUGCUUCUUCCCCUUGAGAACCUCAUCGUACAAUAAUUCUGUAGCCUGCCUACACAUCUCCAUCGUCCUCUUCAUUGAAAACAUCUUUGAAACCGUCUCCAACGCUAUGCGUGGCAAAGGCGUCUUCUCCGCCAACACAUCCCAGCAUACCGAAUCUAGCGAGCUAUCCGCCAUCAACCGAGUACGCAACGGAAACAACCCCACGGGGUCGUCCUCCUCAAGCAGCGGCCGCUACAUGGGUCCAUACAAAUCCGACAACGUUGCUCCUGCAUACACUGACGGACGGAAUUAUCCCACUGAUACGUGGAAAAGCACUCAAAAUUCGCCAUACGGUACACCAUAUGGAACCAAUUCCUCGCACAAUGCCGGGUCAAGACAGUACUGAGUAUAUCGUAUGCAUCUCACAAUAUAGUAUGUAUUCAGGACGUUUGGGACAAGUAGGGGCGGGUACUCUACGUGUACAGUAAUAGAGAUGUCCAAUCUGUGUCUAGACCUCUAGCCCUCUUUAAAUAGUGAGGCCCUAUUUCUUAAAAUUGUUUAAUGAGAUGAUUACUCUGACUCCUUAUAA